AUGAAAAUAGUUGCAGUAUUACUCUUCACCGUUUCUCCAGUUAUUUCAGUUACAAUCAAUGGAAACUACUCUUCCUUUGAACCAUCCCCUCCAGAGACAAAGUUAAGGUAUGCAAUGUUAGAUGAUGUGCGGUUACUAGCCAAUGGACUUCUUCAGAUUGGGCACGGCCUUAAAGACUUCGCUGUCAAGACCAAGAGGCAAAUGGAUGACAUCUUUCUCAAGCUGAACAUUUUUGACCAAUCCUUCUACGAGCUCUUGCAACAGACAAAUGCAAUUAAGGAAGAAGAGAAGCAACUCAGAAAAACAACUUCUAGACUGCAAGCCAACAAUGAAGAAAUAAAGAAUCUAUCUCUGGAGUUGAAUUCUAAGAUCAAAGUACUUUCGCAAGAGAAAAUCCAACUUCAAGAUAAAGUAUGGGGGCUGGAAGAAAAACUUACUAAACUGUUUAACAUCCAGCCUGAUGAAAUUCAAGAACAUGAAGAAAUUGUAUCACUUAAAAACUUUGGGGAGAAACAUGCCAAUAACCUCAGAUACCUUCUCAAAGUUGUUCAAGCCCAGCAUGCCCAAUUUGACAAACAACAAAAGCAAAUACAAGCACUGGAAGAAAAGAUAAACAACACAGGCUAUCAAGAUGACAUACAGAUUGCAUUUCCUCUGAAGACAGAUGAAGCAAAGAAAACCCACGCUAACACAACAGCUAGAGUUCAGGAGUAUAAAAACAAUGCUACAGACUGCACUUGGAUUUACAACAGAGGGGAACAAUCCAAUGGCAUUUAUUCUAUUAAGCCAAACAGAUCUAAGGCAUUUAACGUAUAUUGUGAAAUGAAAACAGAAAGUUCAUGGACAGUCAUUCAAAAUAGAGUUGAUGGAUCUCUAGAUUUCAACCAAACCUGGGAGAGUUACAUCAAUGGUUUUGGCAACCUUGAGGGGGAAUUUUGGUUGGGCCUACGUAAGAUCCACUCUAUUGUAGACCAAGCUGACUACAUCCUGCGUAUUGAGUUAGAAGACUGGAAAGCUAACAAGCGUUACAUUGAGUACACAUUAACGAUGGGAGGUCCAGAAACAGAUUACGCUAUCUGCCUCACAAAAAUUACUGGAAAUAUUGCCAGUGCUCUGCCUGAACAGAAGGAAGUUAAAUUCUCUACAAAAGAUCAUGGGAACAACACUGAAGGAAAUACCGACUGUCCAGAUAAUUACUCAGGUGGUUGGUGGCACAACGAAUGUGAAGAAACAAACUUGAAUGGAAAAUAUACCACACCAACUUCAAAAGGCAAACUAGAAAGAAGGAAGAGAGGGCUUUAUUGGAAGCCUCACAAAGGAAGAUCUUAUCUUCUCAAAUCAACCAAACUGAUGUUGCAUCCUAUAGAGUUUGAAAAUUUUGACUGA